CUGAUCUUGAUUCUGGGGGCAGGUGCAUGGGCAGAUGUGCGAAGAGGGGAUGGAAGCAUAUGUGACUGCGGAUUCCGCGACUCCUCGUCUGGAAAUAUAUUCACUGAUGGCAUGGUCACUUUCUUCAACGAGUCAUCUACUUUUGAUGAUGGCUGGAUCGUGCAAUCUUACAAGAACAAGAAAGAAAAGGGUUGGAAUUCCGUCUUUCGACAGGGCGCCACCCCAAAUAAUGUAUAUCUGGACUCGUCGUCGGAUUCGGCACAGCUUUACAUUGACCCGUUCCUGAAGAACCAUUUGGUGAUGGGAUCUUCGAUACAGACAGACCGGAGAGAUAUAAUGUUUGGCAGCUUCAGAGCGAAAAUGAAGCCGCCUGGAAUGGACAAUGGAGGGGGCAGCGCCUUGUCCAUGCUCCUGCAGAUGAACGAUACGCAAUCUAUGGAAUUCAUGCUUAUGAACACCGACAUCCCCAAUGACUCGUACGCGUGGGUUGGGACUUUUGUCAACGGCGAAUUUCCUGACCGCAACCUGGGGUCUAACUUUUCCGUCCUUGCCAACGGUUCAAAGGAGAUUGGUAUCGAGUCCCCAUGGAACUUUACGGAGUACAAGAUUGACUGGGACGCCACGACGUUGAACUUUACAAUUGGCUCGAACACGACUAGAAGGGUUGUCAAAGCGAAACAGCCCGAUCUCCCUGCCGUACCAGUGCCAUUUGAGAUCAAGCACUGGUCGACUGGCAAUUAUUACUCUAUGCAAGGUCCGCCGACGAAGCGCGGGUUCGCUGGCGUGGAAUGGGUCAGAAUGUUCUUCAACAGUACCACGACGGAUGCCCGCGAUUUCGAUGCCCGCUGUAUACCAAGUCUGGCGUGCUCAGUCGACGACACGACACUAAGGGGUGUAUCCUCAUACAACGCCACCGCACUCGAGAAGUAUGAGCACAAACACCCCAAAGAGCCAAAGAGGGUUCCCGCAAUUGUUAUCGCUGUGUUCUGUCUGUCUGUUUCAUUCUUGGUCCUAUGCCAUGCCAUAUAUAUUUGGGAACCAUGGAAGCUGGUACGAGAGCCUUCUUCGAGAAGCACAUCUCGAACUGAUGUCCCGACUCACAGUCCCCUGGGAACGCCCAUGAUAAGUCCUAUUGGUACUCCCCUGAUAAGUCCUCAUGAGAGAUCAUUGGCGGAAGACUAUCUAACCCUGAAUGAUGGGAAUAUUGAAGAUGAUACCAUGACGAAGGAUCAAAUCAGAAACUCAGAGGCGGCGUCUUCCGUGGAACAAGCAGGCCCUGAGCCAGUCAAAAAGCCACUCAAUGAGGCAAAGAGGGCUCGAGUCGACUAUCUCGCAGGUAUUGUCGCUUUCUGUGCGGUCAUUGUAACAGUCCAGCACUUCUGCCUCUCUUUUGUUCCUGCCGCAAUCUCACCUGGAGACCGGGUUGUUCACCACAGCUCCGAGAACUUUGUCCGGAUGUACGUUUCACCUGUGAUUCUUUCUCAGCUUUGGCUCGGUCUCUUCUUCACUAGUUCUUGUCGUUUCAUGGUUGAUCGGUACCUCGAGGAUGGCGAUCUGAGGCAUAUUGCGUCAGUUGCAGUCCGCAGGAUCCCCCGAUUCAUGAUUCCUGUCACAGCGAUAGUUCUUAUUGAGUACUUUCUCAUUGACGCUGGUGCUACACGGUUCCUUCAGUAUACUCCCUCGAUCACCUGGUCUCAGUGGCCGUAUGUGGAGCGGUUUCCUUCGUUUGCUAUCUUCCUGAACGAGAUGCUCGAACUAGGCUUUCUCAUCCCCAAUGGUUUUCCUCAGAUUGUAUUCCACUACUGCACAGGAGUCUUGUGGACGGUCGCCGUCCAGCUUCAAUCAACAUGGCUGAUCCUUCUCUCCAUCCUCGUCAUCCGUGAGAUUCGCAAUCCAUGGAAAAGGAUGUCCUUUUAUGCAUUCUGUAUCGUCAACGGCUGGUACGCGCAAAGCUGGAACGCGUACUUCUACGUCGGCAUCCUCCUCUCCGACCUCGACAUAACAUACAAAUACAGAAAAUAUCUCCACAGCCACCUCUGGGUGUACUAUCCCCUUGUCACCACAUGUACCCUCCUCGCCAUCGGGGCAGUCGUGUCAAACAUUACGCCGCAGCUCACAAAGUUCAACCUGAGUGUUUCUGAGAACGGCUGGCAUCCAGACUGGGCCACCGCGUCUCCCGUCACACAGACGAAGGGAAGUCAGUAUCCGGAAUACUUCGUACCACGCCUAAACGGCUUGAUCGCCGCAAGCUCACUGCAAACCAUCAUCGAGAUAUCCCCCUUCAUGCAGAUGAUCCUCUCCAACCGCGUCCUCCAGACCAUCUUUCCGCACAUAUUCACAAUAUACCUGAUCCACGGUGUCAUCUUCUGGUCUUGGGGCUCCUGGCUGCUCGUCUUCCUCACAGAUCACAAUUUCUCGUACGACGUGUCUGUGACUCUUGUUGGGGUUACAAGCUAUGCUAUUCUAGGGCUGGUAGUGCCAAUUUUGACGCCAAUGACGGAUGUGCUGGGGAUGGAUUUGGCAAGGCACUGGUGGGCAUUCGCGAGUCAAAUACAGCCGCCGAAGAGGAGUACAAUGUUUCCCUUCCCAGACAAUCUGCUGAGGAACAGA